CUUGUCCAAUCGCGUGCAAGUGACGACAAGAGAGGUAACAAGCCAACACCACAGUAGAUCAUUGCGAGAAAGGACAUGGUAAGGGAAAGACCGUGAGAUAUAGUGGGUUUUUUUUAGUAGUACCAACUGACGGCAUUUACCAUCUGCCAUGGCCGACACUGAAAAUCAGAAUGAGGUUGAAAACAAGCCGGCACCUGAACAAAAAGUAGAACAAAAGGAAAAGAAACUUAUUGGUGAGUUACUAUAUUUUGUCCGUUUAUUUAUCCAUGCGGUCGAGCGACCGCAGCGCACCGGGAACCGGUGUCGCCCCUUGCUCUCCAUUGAUAACCAAGAUAUUCGAUUAAACGUUUAAAAAAGUAAAUUAUUGCUUCAACCGGCCUGGAAAAAGUUUUGUAUGCAUUUUUCCCCGUUUAAUUUCAGCUGGCCACGUAACAGGGACAGUGAAAUGGUUCAACGUAAAGAGUGGAUACGGAUUUAUCAACCGGUAAGGUCCCAGAAUUAUUGUGGAGAGGGGUGUGGGAGAUACACCGUGUUCGUUCAUGCUCGUUGCCGGGGUGUGCGAUAAAUGAGUCAGAGCAGAGCACCUCAUUUCUUUGUCCCAGUAAAAGCAUCUUGCGUGCAUUUUACUUUGCUUUUGCAACCUUUGUAAAGAGUAUAUAUAACUAGAACAUGUUAAGUUGAUUCACCUUUAAAACUUAAAAACCCGUGUGUAUUUUUGUUUAAUAUCAGUAUCACCCCACGUGAGUUGCCAAGGACAAACAAAAGAUUUUUCUGGUAGUAAAUCGGUCAUGUCGGCUGAAAUUAGGGUCACGCGAUGUCUGGGAUUUCAGGUCAAAAUAUUUAUUUUUCAGCAUCAUAUUGUAUACUCUGUUAUUAUCACAUUGACAUUACAUAUCUAUAUUGUCUAUAUUUUACAUUUUUGACUAGAAGUGGAGAAUAAUAAUAAACAAUCAUGAGGCAUAAUCUAAUAUUCAAUUUAAGAAAUAGUACUGUACACUGUGCUGUCUAGGCCUAGGAACAAGUGAAGUUAACAAACAGGCCUAAGACUAGGUUUAGUUAGUGCAGUUUGAUGAACUAGAGAUGUCAUCAAAUUUAGGCAUAUUAAAUUUAAUAAUCCUAGGCCUAGAUUGAAAAUUUUAAAUGUUUAAGAAUGUUUUAUUUCAGCUUAUAGUUAUAGCCUUCUUAUACUUCUUAUACUUGUGUCUAUUGACUAUUGUGAGCCUACCUCUGCUCCUACAUAGGAUACAAAUUAAUUAUUUAAAUUGAAGCUAUUUUAUUUGGGUUAACAUCCAGUGUAUAGAUACUUUGUAAAGUUAACCAUUGUCAUUUAUACAAUAUAUUUCACUUAUUUAUGGAGUAAUUUAAAACACUUUUCAUCUAGCUUUUCCAUUCAUAAAAUAGGAUGCAUAAGGUGAAUUAUGUUGGGGAAAACUUUUAAUAUAAGCUAGCAUUAUAGACUGAUUCAUGAUGCUCUUUGGGCAUUAACAAAGUAUUGAUUUAUUAUUUUGGACAAUCAUGUAACUCUUUUGAUAUUAAAGACCUAGUAUCUUGUUCUUUAUUUAAGUGAUGACACAAAGGAAGAUGUUUUUGUGCACCAGACGGCCAUUAUAAAGAACAACCCAAGAAAAUACCUUAGAAGUGUUGGAGAUGGCGAAAAAGUGGAGUUUGAUGUCGUAGAAGGAGAAAAGGUUAAAAUAAUUUUAGGCAUAUAUUUUAAGUACAGUACUGUUAUAUGGUUAGUUACUAUUUUAUAGUAUCAUAAAAGAUAGUUCUGAUCUUCGUUUUAUUUGAAUUAAUUGUUGAAACCUUACACAUGGUUGCCAGUUCUUACUUUAUGAUUUGAAAUUAUUUCUUCAAAUAUCCGCCCUUGCCGUCAUAAUAACUCUGAGGCUAAGGGAGCACAUCAAAUAUUAUUAGUAAUGUCUAAAAGAAUUAAUUUCAGUUGUUAAUCUGUUUUGGUGCUUGGUUACUUGAAUUAUAUUUCAUAUUUUGAAAUAACAGGGUAAUGAAGCUGCUAAUGUCACUGGACCUGAUGGUUCUAACGUCCAAGGCAGUAAAUAUGCAGCUGAUCGACGUAGAUUCCGAAGGGGUGGAUGGUUUCCACGUUACAGGGGUAGUGGUGGAAGAGGUAGCAGACCUAGACAGGUUAGUUGUAAUUCUCAGUUGUCUAUUUUUGACUGUUUGAAGAAGAAGCCCCUAGAUAAUAUAUAUAUAUUUUUUGUUUCCCUUGUUUUAUGAGAAGUUUUCCCGUUUAACAUGCAUAAUUUUAAUGUCUUCAGAACUAUCAAGAGGAGGAAUCCAACAUAGUAGAUUACCCAUCUCCACGUGGCAGAAGCAGAGGUCAACCUUUCUAUCAAAACCGACGCUACUUUGGGCCACCUCGUCGUGGUGGUGGUAGUGGUGGUGGUGGGGGAAGACAGCAGUUUCUUGAGGUAUUUUGACUAUUAAUAGUAUGCUUUUCAUUAUUGUUGCAAUUGAAAUUUCUGGUAUAUUAAUUUGUAAAUGUUAAUACUACCCAGUCUGUAAAUCAAAAUUUCAUAAUGGGGAAUGUAAUAAUUUUCUAACUCAUAGUAAAUCAACAUUUGAACACAUUGUUUGGGUUUAUCCUCCCUUUUCACUGUUACCUUUCUUUUUGGUUUCACCAUUUCAAGGUCUUGUGGUAGAGAUGUCUUAGUUUCUCUCAAACAGCUGUGAUGGUAUAUCUUUAUUGCAUUCUUUUUAACAGGGUCAAGGAGAGUAUCAACUUCAACGUGACCAGGGCUAUAGAGGUCGUAGACCAUUUUACAGACGCUACUAUGGGCCACCACCCCGGGGCUACUAUGAUGGUGGAUACUAUGGUUAUCAAGGAGGUCCACCCAGGGGAGGACCCCGAAGACGAGGGAGGGGACGUGGUGGAUUCCGCAGAGGGAAAGGAGUAAGUUAUUUAAUAAUGUAUUUGGGUCUUACUGUGAUAUGUUUUACCUGGGUUGUUCUUCUUAGUGAUAUCCAGGGAACUCAGUUUGUGUUUGUGACUUUCUUUUCAUAUGACCAAGUGAUUUCCUGUUAUUCCUUUUUGGUUAGUGUUUCAUGGAAACUUCUAGAAGUUGAUUUGGCAAAACUUAAUGCUAAUGUUAUGUUAGUACUUCUUGCACUUUGAUUUGAACGACAUUACUCAUUGGGAUUUCUGGUUACUCUAUCUGCAUAUCCAUGUCAACAUUUCAUUGCCGUGCCAGGUUGUGACAUUGCUUGUAACAAAAUUAGAUUUGACAUUGCUUUCUAGGUGUCUUUCUGUUCUAUGGUUGCUAUCCACUCCCAUGACAUUUUUUCUUGGGACCUGUGUUUUUUUUGGGGGUUUGACUUUUGUUGAAUUUUCAAUGUUGCUUUUAAAUAAGUGGUAUAGGCAUUGAAAUGCACUUGAAAGGAGACUAACAUCAAUGACACUACAACCAAUUGAGGGUUCUGGUCUGUUAUACCACAUCCUUCCAUUGCCUUUCGCCUCUAUGUGAAGAUAUGGAUGUAUCCAUAUAUAUCCUCAAUCCAUCAAAACCAUCUGCCCCUAUUUCUGUCUGCAAAUCACUUAGCUUUACUAACAUUUAGGAAUCUUAAAGAUAUCCUGUCCUUGCCAUUUUUAAUUACUGCUACUAUCAGACUUCAUACAACAGGUAUAUUUUUUGACUUUUCUAAAAUACUGACUUAUUAGAAAAAAAUUGUUUGCACAAAAGAACUUCCACUUUAAACAAGCCGUUCUAGUAAUAAUCGUUUUAAAAAACUCGUAUUAAUCAUUUUCAGCCAAGAAAAGAUGACGACGACCAGACUCCUAGAGCUGAAGCAAGCAAUGAUACCCUCAAGUCUGAACCCUCCUCCACCACUGUUGAGAGCAAAGAGGACUAAACAGAAAUUAACAAGGAAGACAGAACAACUUUUUUAAGAACUCGCCAAAUUUGUACGACCUAGAUCUGUUUAUUUGUGUGUCCUUGUGUGUGAUGAGACAACCCAGUAACUCGAUCGAAACAACAGGCAUUUUAAUCACCUUAGGCUGUUGGUUAUCAUCUGGGGAACAGGGCUGGCUCUUGUGUUAAAUCUAUCUUUACACCUAGCAAAUCUUUGUCUGGAUUCAAUCAAAAUCACUCCAAUCACUCUUUUAACACCUGAACAAAAGCAUAUUUUUUUACAGCUACAGCUUUGAUUUUUAAAAUGUGAGCAUCAAGCUUCAAAGCCUUUUUUUUUUUAUUCCAGUGUGACGCAUGACUUGAAUUAAAUUUUAACAGCUAUGAUCCCAAUACUGUUUCAACAAUCAAAAUAGCACAUUGCAAGAAUUACCUAAUAGUGACAUUGACAAUGAUUAAGGACUUAGACAUACGUCAAAUAUUUAACUAUGCAAUUUUUAUGAACUUUUUUUAAUAAAUCAUUUUUUUAGUGACUUUUGUAAUGUUAGGUUUAAUUAAUUAGUUCUCAUGUUAAAAGGUAAACUUGCAAAGUUACAUUUUGGAAAGAAUGUACGUAAAAAGUUCCUAUUCAUGUGUUAAAAAUUUAUUCUUACGGCCAAAUGCAUGUGCAUAUUAAAAGUUUUUGAUAGGUCAUGACUUUUUUUUGUUUCUUUUAAGGUUUGUGUCAUGCUGGCAGUGUUAGCAUUUUAAUAUGUUGAUAGAAUUGAACACUAAUUAUAUCCUGAGAGAUGAACUGAAUUUGUAAAUGGGUGACUCAUGUAGCACAGAACAAGAUUGUAGUUUUGAGAUUAGCAGCUAGUCAAUCACUAUUAUCAAACAGUAGAAUUAAUAUAAUAUAAACUGAUACAAUUCAAGGUUAAGUUAGAUAUAAAAAGUGGGAAAUUUGCUUUUUAUAGGUACACAUUUUAGAUGAAGCCCUCUGCAAAACUUGCGGAAUUUUAUUUUUAGGGGGGAAUCUAUAUAUUAAAAUUAAAGCUUCUUUUCAAAAUAAAAAUAGCUUAUUUAAAACAAGGCUUUGGUCACUAAAUGCAAGAGGUUAGAAUUACCUUCCAGGGGGAGGUCUAGUGAUUUUGUAAUGCUUUUGUUUAAACCAUAAACUAAAAAGUACAGGUACUUUAUUUUCAGCAUUAAAAAAAAACCAAAAGUACUGGGUAGUGAAUAGAUAGAGAUAUACAGAGACACAAGAAGGAUCUUUGAUCUUUUCCGGUUUGCAUUGAAAAACAUUUAGAACAGUGAUGGAGUAGUUAAGAAUGUGAUAGUUUUUGUUAGAAUGCACAGUCCUCUUCCUAUGCACCUAUUAGGACAUGCAUUAAAAUAAAAUAUUAAACUUUACUGCUUCAUAAUGAAGUUAUUUGGCAAGACACAAAAUUGGCAGUAUUUUUAUUUCCAAGUAAAAAUAGUUGAUACCAUAAUUUAUAAUGACCUUGAAGUAACCAUCAUGGUUGUGCUUUAUAAAGUUAUGUCUGGAACAUAGUUUUAGUGUGGUUGUUCAGCAUUGCUCUCACUCUAAUCAAAGAAAUGGGCUCCAGAUAUAGAGAAAGUUGAUGUAAACAGAUAUUGAAUGAUAUCAUUAUUUCACAUGGCCCAUCAAAUGCAUUAAGUAAGAACAUUUAAAAGUUAUGUUACUGAAAAAAAUCUUGAUUAAAAAGACUAUUUGUAAAAUGCUGGAAUACCUAUAUGUUAAACUUUUUCAUUAUGUUAUAUUUUUCCUUAAGGCUUGUGCAAAACUAUGAUUUUGAACAUAUUUGAACUGGUUAAGACAGAGGGGUGGUGGUCCCGAGGGCAGGAGGGAUAUGAUUAUGGACUCAAGGGGGUGGUGGACCGACUAAUU